ACAAACAUAUCAAUAUCAUUGCAUUAACUUGUAAUGUAAGCACCUUCUUUCAGUAUACAAGAAACGCAAAAAGGAAACCCCAGAAAAAUGAGAACUAGCAACCAUUUGAUAGGGUUACUAAACUUCUUAACAUUUUUGUUGUCAAUAGUAAUAUUGGGUGGUGGAAUAUGGCUAAGCAGCCGAGCCAACAGCACAGAUUGUCUCAAGUUCUUACAGUGGCCAUUGAUAGUCAUAGGAGCUUCAAUCAUGGUGGUUUCCUUAGCAGGUUUCGCAGGCGCGUGUUAUAGGAACACCUUCCUGAUGUGGCUUUACCUCUUCGUCAUGUUCUUCAUCAUCGCCGCCCUCAUCGGCUUCAUAAUCUUUGCUUAUGCGGUGACUGAUAAAGGCUCCGGGCGGCCGGUGUUGAACAAAGGUUACUUGGAGUAUUACUUGCAGGACUACUCAGGGUGGCUCAAAGACCGCGUGGUGGAUGAGAGCUAUUGGGCUAAGAUUAGUUCUUGCAUCAGGGAUUCCAAAGUUUGUAGCAAGACGGGCAGAACCUUUAAUGGCGUCCCUGAAACUUAUGACAUGUUUUCUAUGAGGAAGCUUUCCCCUAUUGAGUCUGGUUGUUGCAAGCCACCUACAGAAUGUGGCUAUGUUUAUGUCAACGAGACACUAUGGAACUCCGGUAGUGGGCUAGCUGCGACCAACCUCGACUGCUCGCGGUGGAGCAAUGACCAACAGAUGCUGUGCUACCAAUGUGACUCCUGCAAGGCCGGUGUGCUUGGCAGCCUCAAGAAGAGCUGGAGGAAAGUCUCGGUAAUCAACAUUGUUGUGCUUAUCCUCCUCGUCAUCUUUUAUGUCAUCGGCUGCGCCGCUUUCCGAAACAAUAAAAAGAUCGAUAACAAUGAACCGUACGGCGAGGCAAGGAUGACAAAAACGCAACCAAGUCGGAUCCAUUUAUAGAAGACCAAGACAUGUAAUGGAAGCUUUAUUUUCCUUUGUGAUAUAUGUAAUGUUGUAUACCAUUUUAGGUCUGGUUUUGUGUGACAAACAACUGAACUUGUAUUUGGUUUUUCCUUUUUGGUGAAAAAAAGUAUUGUUAGGAUUCCAACUCUUAAAAUUGAAUGAAAUGUUAUUUGAUUUUGGAACGAA